CUCACGAAGACAAAAGGCUGCCGGAGGAUAUUUUUCACAGAGCCUACAUGGCGGCCUGGUUGUUCAGAUUGUUAAGAUUCAGCAAUUACUUGCCGGAAAACGUGAAAACCGCCGAUUCAGCGGACAGUAGAUUGUCAGACGAGGAACUGUUUAUCGCGGGACUGCUGUUACACAAUUUGCAGUUAUUGCAAUUCAAUUCGCACGAGAUUUCCGAACUGGUAAGGCCGAAAGGGGAGAAGACACUUGCUAAGGCCAAGAGCGUGUUCAUAGGCGGUGGCGUUUAUCCUACGGUGGCGAUGCUGAAUCACUCGUGCAAUCCUGGCGUAGUUCGAUAUUUCAUCGGCACCACCAUGAUCGUACGCGCUGUUCGCACAAUCGGCGCAGGUGAAGAGAUCUCUGAGAACUACGGUCCUAUCUUCACAACCACGUCCGAGACUGAGCGGAAAAGAAAAUUGAGGGUGCAAUAUUGGUUCGAUUGUAGUUGCGAGGCGUGUUCGGGGCACUGGCCACUUCUAGAUGAAUUGGACCCAACAGUGCUCAGGUAUUUAUCAACUUUCUCAGAUGCAGUUUCAG